AGGUAUUGUUAAUGAUAACGAAUCAGAGACAAUGAGGUUGUUAAUUCUCGUCGUGUUAUCACUUUUUUGUUGUGGGCAAGCUAAGAUCUACGAUAGAUGCGAAUUGGCUAAAGAAUUGAUUAACAGAUUCGGUUUCGAUCGUGGCACAAUAGCACAUUGGAUUUGUUUGGUAGAACACGAAAGUUCGUACAAUACUGCAGCUAAAGGUGGACCAAAUUCUGACGGAAGUUACGAUCAUGGACUCUUUCAAAUAAAUGAUCGUUACUGGUGUGCACCUCCGGAUGAUAUUAACGAAUGCGGAGUUCGAUGUGAGGAACUUCGUAGCGAUGAUAUUGCAGCAUCCGUAAAAUGCGCGAAAAAAAUUUUCAGAAUUCAUAGUUUUGAAGCCUGGAAUGCUUGGAAAAAUCGAUGUCGAAAUGCAAAUACGUCCAAGUAUAUCGAAGGCUGCAAUUUGUAGAAAUGGACGAUGAAAUUUGUGUGAAAAACAUUUUUAUUAUUUUGCUUUUGAAAAUUUUUAAAAUAUGAAAGUCAUGAUUUUGUAAAUUUAUAUUGAUAUAAAUAAUAAUAUCAAUAUGGCAAUAUUAUUUUAAUAGUAAUUUAAGGUAUAAAAACGAAGCAAAGUCUACUACUAGUAAUGAUAAUCGGAAAUAAUUGAAAUUAAAUUAUUGUAUAAUUUUUUCUAAUCCAAAUUUCAUUACUUUUUAAUUAAACUCUUUGCACCUAUAUGGAAUUAGUAUGAGAUGUUUAUGGUCCUCACCAUAUAUGGUUUAAUCCUUAAUGAUUCCUUUUCUUAGUUAGGGUUUGAGUAUUACUCUAAGAAAAGCUUCAAGUAAAUCUGAAUAUACGUGUUUGCUUUUUACAAGUUUAAUGUAUAAAACGAAAAUGAUUAUACAGAUAUUAUAUUACACUGUAUAUUAGUAAGAAAUUUUUCAAUUUUUCUUUUUAUCUCUCUGGGAACAAAACUUCUUUUAUAACAUACAACUGUGUUGUUUUUAUUCUUUCAUAAUUGUUUAUAAACUAAAUAACUAUACAAAUUACUAUCAUUGAUUUGGAAUUUUUUGCAAUUUAUUUGAAGAUUUUCAGUUAAUUUUUGUCACUUCAUGGUUUUUGAGUUACCGGUAUGUGCUAAUUUCAAGUAGACAAUGACAAUAAAAAAGAAAGAAAUUAUAUUUAUAAAGCUAAAUAUGACCAUAAAAACUUGUAGUAGGACAUGAAAUAAGAACCGUAAUAUUAAAUAUUUUAUAUAAAACUUCGUUAAAAUUUUUCGAAAACUGCCUUUUCUAAUGAAACAAAUAAUUAGAUUUAAUUUGGUAUUUAGGAAUUUUAUGACUCUUGAAAACAUUAUUAAUUACAUUUGAAUCUAACCAGGAUCCUUGUGAUUUUACAAAAUAAUUUGAAUUGCAUUUUCAUUUCUCAUUUUGUUAACUAUGAUGAUCAGUAAACUCAACUAUCGUUAUUAAAUAUUUCUUUACUGGAUUAAGUUUGUCGUGGAUAUUAUAGAAGUUGACAAAGACAUGAAAUAUAGUCUGUCAACUUUUUCAACAGAUAUAAACAAUACAA